AUGAGUAUGGCGAUGCCGGAUACGCAUAAGUCGUGGCAGGCUGGAAAGCGAGCGGCUGGUGCACGUGAUUCGCCGAUAGGCCUGAGACCGGAAGCCUCUUCGAAGCUAACGUUGACGGAGAACCCGCUGCAGGCCCCAGACGACGACUCCACGACUCUCCCUCCGCCGCCGCGCAAGCUUCUCCAGUGGCCGACAUUCGAGCGAUAUCAGCCGACCAUUCCUGAACCACAAGCCCGCAUCGCGAACCACUACUCACCAACCCACCCCGACGACCCUGCAGGCGCCUCCAGCCAUGUCGCCGGCAGCAUGCUUGUGAACUCUGGCGACGCGCCCACCGUAGAUGUGCUCGCUGCUCACAAUGUCGCCGCCGAGCCCGCCCCGAUCGCAUCUCUCACCUCCACCGCCAACAUGGAAGUCGCAAGCGCCGAUGCGCCACCCAGCGCGCCUGCCUCCAUGCCUCCCCAGUCGCCCGAAAAGGCACCUGACCCUUUACCCGCAACUUCCGCCGACCUGAACGGGAAGAACUUCGUCUCAACGAACACGCCCUUCCCCAGCCUCGAUGCCCCCAUCUCUCUCGACACCGAUAUGCCUAUGGGGCCGCUGCCCAUGGCUGCCGAAUACCCCAUGAUGGACGCCGGAAUGCCUUUCGACAACGGCUAUGCGAGCGUCGCGCCCGCCGAGCAGCGCCUGAGCGCCUUUGCGCGCUUGCGCUUCGACGACGGCUCAUACUACAUGCAUACGUACCAAAUCAUUCUCGGCCGCAAUGUGCAACUUGCCCACAAGGAUAUGCGCCGGCUUGCCAAGGUCGAGCAACUCAAGGCGAAGGGCGAGAAGCAGCGCGCCCAAGCUUUGCUCAACGGCGGACGGAAGCGGAAACGAGCAGGCGCGCGGAGCGUCAUCAGCGAGGCCGGAGGCAUCGUCACUGCGCCCAUUGAGAUGAUGCCCAUGGACUACCAACAGCGCUGUCAGAGCGUUGCCUCGCAAUCGCACAGCUCGGGCUCCAAUGCCCAGGCCGCAGACAACUCGACCACCAAUGUGGAUCAUGCGCCACAGGAGAUGCUCAUGCAAGCUUUACCGGAGAUACCCUAUCAGAUUGACCAGCAGGUGCCGGAAGAUCCCAACGAUUGUCCGCUAGUGCCUAUACACCCGCAACAUAUCACCGAUCGUACUGGACUGAAAGGUCCCAAAGGCAUCAGCCGUCAGCAUGCAAAGAUAUACUACGAUUUUGAGACUGGCAACUUCUGCCUCGCCGUCAUGGGUUCGAACGGUCUAUACCACGAAGACAGGUUCUUGGCAAAGGGCGCCAAUGUCGAACUGAGCCACGGUGAUACAAUUAUCAUUGGCAUGGUCGAAAUGACUUUCUUCCUGCCCGACAUCGCGCUCACGGACGAACAACGCAACCAACAAGAGUCUGGUUCGCAAUCGCGGCCCAUGAGCUUCAGUUUCGAAAAUGGCCGAGGAGAAAGCGAGGACAUGGACGACUCUGGCAGUGAGGACCAGAGCGUCAAUCCUCGCCAUGUCUAUCACUACCCUGUCGGCAGCGAAUUCGAGUCAGAUGAAGAUCUGCUCGGAGCAGAUGAAGAUAUGGACGAUGUCGACGAAGACGAAGACGAAGCGUAUAGGCCUAUGCCCCAACCCAAGCCAAAUCUCAAGAUCAAACUCAAGAAGAAAAAGCAUCGUCCCGAGAAGCAUUCCAAGGGACACAAACGCAAAGCGGUCAGGGAGCCAACUCCGGAAGAGCCUCCAUCUAAAAAGCACAAGGUCAAGGUCAAGGAGAAGGAAUCACAGAAAGAUCCGCUAAGAGAGAAGGAAAGGGAGAAGGCGAAAGAGAAGGAGAAGGAGAAGGCGAAGGCUACCAAAGCCCCUACAAAAGCCCCUGCCAAGGCACCUGCGAAGCUACCUGCGAAAGAACCCCCCAAAACGACUCCUAAAGAGGAACCCAAAGAAGAUGUUCUUCUCAAGGAAACGGCGGAAGCACCGGAGAAGCCCAAGUCGGAAAGCCCAGUCAUUAUACGACGACCGCAACCAGGAGUCAAUAUUGAGGAUCUCGAUCCCGAAGGGCUCAUCACACCUGAAAUGUGUGCUCAAUACGGUCUUCCCCAGAGUCUCAUCGGGCAAUAUGUGGGCAAGAGGAAGGGGCCUGGGCGGCCUCCCAAAGACGGCGUUAUGUCGAAACGACAGAGAUCCCAGCUCAUCAAGCAAGGGAAGGAAAUCGAAAAGGCCAGAGCGGCGGGUAUCGAUCCUGCUGAUCUGCCCCAGCCAAUAGUCAAGCCCAAGGUUGCGCGCCGUAAGGAGUCGAAUGCUGGAGAGGAUGAUGAAAUCCGUGAGUCAACCGAAAAGGGCGACGGUACCAUUAUCUUGGGCGAGAAGAAAUCUAGCAAGCCUGCGAAACCUACGCGCACACCUUCACCCGAGAUGCGUAUCGAGGACUACACUGAAGAGCAGCUCCAACGCCCUACGUCGAACUACGUUGUACUUAUUCACGAAGCAAUCUCCUCGGCUCCCAGCGGCCAGAUGAACCUUCAGCAGAUUUACAACUAUAUCGAGAAGAACUACCCUUGGUACAAGUUCAAAACCACAACAAGCGGUUGGCAGUCUAGCGUACGCCAUAAUCUUGGUCAGCAUGAUGCAUUUGUCAAAGGCGACAAGGAGGGCAAAGGCUACAUGUGGCGGAUCAACUCUAAUGUCUCUAUCGAGAAGGAGCGCAGGAAGAGGCAAGUCAGUCCACCGCAAGUCAAUGCACAGAGGCCAGCUUACUAUCCGCCGCCGGCCGGGUAUUCUCCCUACGGACAGCCAGGCUACUAUCCCGGUGUGCCACCACAAGGCAUGCCACCACAUGGCCCACCACGACCGCCGCCAGCGGUGGAAGCGGCACAACCCCGUUUACCCCCCAGUAUGGCUCGCAAUGCUGCUGCUGCUCCUCCCGCGGCUCCUGCUCCAUCGCCUUACGCGUCGCCGUGGGCUGGAGGUGCCGCAGCUGGCAAUCCGCCCGCUUCACAUCCACCGCAGCCCUAUCCCCCGAGCGCCCACGCGCCUCCUGCCAAUCUUGGAGCAUCCAGCGGCCAAUAUGGUGUGCUCUUCCCUACGAGCGCGCCGCCAAGCUCUGCUUCGCCCUACACCUCUGCGCCUACUUAUACGUCGCCUUUUGCCACAGCUGGUCAGAGUCCGUACGGCAUGCCAAAUGGUUCUUCACCGUACACUCCCUACCCGCCGGCCGGACAACCACCAAAGCCCUCCCCAACGCCAGCGCCCACGUCGAACACACAACAGGCGUCAGGAAACCAGGCUUCGCAACGCCCUGGCUCAACCGCGCCGCACCCUUCGGGUCGCUAUCCAGCCUCAACUAAUCCUGACAUGAUUCGCCAGUUGGAAGCAUUUAGGACAGUGUAUUUACACACUAGGAUCGAGCCUGGAGAGGACCAGAAAGCCGACAACGCCAUCCGAGCCUUCGUGACACCGGAGUUGGAGUCAAGCUUGACCCCCGCAGAAGCCGCUCUCCUUGACUCGAUCAAGACAAUACCCAUGCUCGAAGAGCUUCGUGGAGGCGCUCGUGCGCCCAUCAAGUCAGAAGAAAGCACACAGCCAAUUACAACCCCGACGCCAGUGGAGGCGCUUGCGGGUUUCAAUGCGAGUAUGGCGCCUGCUCCCACGACUACAGCAGCCAUAGCAGCAGCCGAUGCGGCGGCGAACACAGCGCCAAACAAGCCUGCUUCUACGGCCGCGCCAAAUCUGCCACACAACUUUGCACCGCCGAUGGCUGCAACGCCUCAACCGAGUGCGACCCCUGGCCCUGCUCCAGCAGCACCGCACAUUCCUGCAAUUGCCAACGUGCAGGCGCAACGCCCAAGCGUGGAGCCGAUCACACCGGUGCCCGGAUCGCCUGCCGUCCAGAACGGAACACCGGUGACCCGCCCAAUUCUCGAAGCGGCACCUCCAGCACCUACAGAUACAGCCAGCGGCGCGGAAAAGGAUGAUAACAUAGCGGAAGCUCCAGCUGCGCCAAGCAACGCAUCGACGUAG